AUUUUGCACUUCUCCGCUGAUUCGAGAACAUCGUAAUGUGCGUGUGCUGUGCGUGAUUACGUUCAAUAAACGUAGUCAUCAUACGUUAACAGGCUAAACUUACUACGUUGUUUUUUGUGGAGGAAAUCAGACGUGAGACAUUUGAAGAACCACCAAUAAGCCUAAUGCUACAGCGGCAACAUUAGCAGAUAUUACAUACUUCCUAAGGAUGGCUAGCUGCGGUGAGGUUGACCACUCUGUGAGCUCGCUCCCAUCCAGUAAGAAGGGGAGUGGUGACUCUGCCUGCUCUGGUUCCAGUGGCUCAUCACCUGCCCUGCCUGUCCCAGAGUGUGCCAUCUGCCUGCAGAGCUGUGUCCACCCUGUCCAGCUACCCUGCCGCCACGUCUUCUGUUUCCUAUGUGUGAAAGGGGCGUCCUGGCAGAGCAAGCGCUGUGCUCUCUGUAGACAGGAGGUUCCCGAGGACUUCCUGGAGCACCCCACUCUGCUGUCCCCCGAAGAGCUUAAGACCGGAGGGCGGGCCGCCGCAGGGGACAACGCCUGGUACUAUGAGGGGAGAAACGGCUGGUGGCAGUAUGACGAGAGGACCAGCCGUGAGCUGGAGGACGCUUUCUCCAAGGGCAAGAAGACAGCUGAGAUGCUGAUAGCCGGGUUCCUGUACGUGGCCGACCUGGAGAACAUGGUGCAGUACCGGCGCAAUGAGCACGGCCGCCGCCGCAAGAUAAAACGGGACGUUGUGGACAUCCCCAAGAAAGGGGUGGCUGGCCUCCGUCUGGACACCGAGGGUGGCACGCAGGGGUCCGCUGCGGCAGGGAGAGGGAACUCUGCAGACGGGGCUGAUACUUCAGCAGCCUCAGUGCAGCAGGCUGCAGCAUCUCCAGCUACCUCCACAGUUCUGUCUGCUCCUGCCAGGCCUCCCACCUCUCUGGGGGGCCAGCCUGGCAGCCCCACCAGCCCCUCCCUGGAAGACACCCUGGCCCUGCUCCACAUCAGCCCCACAGAUGCGCCAGAGAGGGCUGAAGUCGGGGAGGGAGAGGAGGGGGAAGAGGAGGCCACCGCCACACCCUCCAUGUCAUCUGGUCCUAACACCUCUGUGGAUGGGUCUGGGGACUGGAGCGAUGACGACGAGGGGGAUGGGGAGGCAGUGGAGCCCCGGGAGCAGAGACUGCAUUUGGGGGAGAGCCCAGAGGACAGGUCCCCCCCUGGGGCUGAGGCCUCCAGCAGCAGUGUGAGGUCGCGAAGGCCUGACGGCCAGUGUACUGAAGUGUGAGCUCAACUCAUCAUGAACCUCUGCACUGUAGCUAACAUUCUCAGCUAACAUAGGACUCUGAAACAGAUUAAAACCAACCCCUGCAAACAACUGUCUCAAGGCAAGGAGACACUCCCAUUAUAUUAGACUUUUAAAGAUGAAAAUUACCCCCUGAAAAUUAGUUAUAGUCAAAAUUUACUGGUGGGCCUUAGGAGCAGUCUUUCCCCAUACAACUUGUUAGUUGAGCUUUGAAUUGUUGUUUCGUGUAAGUUGUUGGGAUGUUUGAACGUCUUCAUGCCUGCAGACAGUAUGUGAUGCAGCCGUGUUGAAAGAUGGAGACUUAUUAUUUUCAGAGACAUGCAUUUAACUGAAUCAGGUAGCAGCCUCUUAUCAGCUAAACAACAGUUGUUUUGAUCAGAUCAGUGGUAGUUUUCCUCUCUCUGCAGCAGCUUUGUGUGUUGAGUUCUAGGCUGCUCCAAAGUGAUUAACACCAUGCUCCAUGACCUCUGAUCAAAAAGGUUAGUAGACAACAUUUUCAUUUGUGUUUCAAAAGCGAAGCAUGUUCAUAGUGUUCAGUUGCUGAUUAUUCAUCUGAAAUGCUAGUCUGUUUCAUAAUAUGUGCAUGUGUUUUAAGCGAGGGGUUGGAUUCUUAAACACUACUGGUGAAGAGGACUGAUGUUCUGGAUUUUAGUUUAACAGUUUUUUCUUUGUUUUCCUAUGGUUGUAAAUUCUAUUGUGUGAUUACUAAGACAGUAAGAGAAGAGACAUGGUUGCUAGGUGGCUUGCUGGCUGUCUCCUGCAAAACAUUUGAAGUUUUAAAUGUUAUUGUUUUUAUAUUUCUUACCAGCUGACUGUCAUUGUCAUCUGUUGAGCUCAAUUUUACUAUCAUUAUAAUAACCUUUACUUUCUGUAACGAUUUUUGGUUUGUAAUCUUUUACAUGGUAUGUGAUUUUAAAUAAAAUGUGUGUAUUCAUCAACUCAA